CCGCGUGGGAACAAAAUGUGAACAAAAACAUGUCACUGAACAUUUCCCGCGAUAUCGAUAGAGCUUUGUGGAGAGUCCGGUAGCGCCAAAACACGACAGCAACAGGAGAAGAUGGCAGGUAUCCUGGAUGUCCCGAAGCCCAGAAUAACAUGCAGCAUGCUGUCGCAGCACAUCAGCAGACCGGUCUGCUUCGUUGGGCGGGUAGAAAAGGUUCACCCGACAGGAAAAACCUUUACUCUCUCGGAUGGAGAAGGGAAGAUUGCAACAGUUGAACUUAAUGAACCUCUUGAAGAGGAGCUGAGCGGUAUUGUGGAGGUCAUUGGUAUGGUGUCCAACAAAGGAGCAAUAAUGGGCAACACCUACAACAUGCUACGAGAGGACAAGGGUAUUCCCUUUGAUUUAGAGCUGUAUACUGAAGCCCUGAAAGUCAUCCAUGACUUCCCCCAGCAUUACCCUUUUGAAGUGGCUGCAAGUGGAUGAGGCUCACCAUGUGAAGAUGACUAAAGAUUGUCUUCAAGUUCAGCGUCCGUGUUUAAUAUGUUCAGUUUUUGUUGUGAGUUUAAAAAAAAGUUUUGUACAAAAUGUCUGUAAUAUCAAAGUUCUGUCAGUAAAGUUAAAACCUGUAAAGUCAAAAGGCAGUGGGAAGGUACUUACAUUACAUUACAUAAAAAUUACAUUAAAAGAG